GUCACAUCCUGUCCUUUUUACACGCGUGUUGCAAUGGCUUCUAGUGGCGAAACCGGGUCCUCGACUUUAUUGCCGAUGGUCUAUGAAUAUCUGAAAUCAACAUGCAAAGACGUAGCCGACAACUUAAAAAAGAAACUCAAAAUUAAUCCUCCUGAAAGUGGCUCUCCAAAACUGCAAGAACUUUACAGUCACUGGAAUCAAUCUGGAGGAAAAAGAAAGCAGUCUGCUUCAGAAGGGGGAGUGGCAAAAAAACUGAAGACAGCUGAUUCCAGCAGUGAUGACUCGAGUGGUUCCGACACGGAUGAAGAACCAAUGAAGUCUAAGGCCAAGUAUGGCAAUGUUCCACCACCUUCAAGUUUGGCCAGUCCAACACCCACUGGUGAUGCAAAGCAAAACUCCAAGAAACGGCCCGCUAAGGACAGCAGCAGUUCAGACAGUUCUACUUCAGAUAGCUCAGAUGAUGACAAGAAGAAGAAGGCGUCUACUUCCACUAAACCUUCUGCAAUCAAACCUACUCCCAGUAAAAAGGCCAAGCAAGAGUCAUCAAGUUCCAGUUCAGAUUCAAGCUCGGAUGAAGAGGAUCCUAAAGCAAAGGCGAAAGCAAAGGCUGCAAGUACUCCUGUGACAAAGAAAACUGAUAGCAGUGACAGUGAUUCUGAGUCUAGCUCAUCAGAGGAAAGUAGCAAGAAAGUGAAGAAAACCAAAUUGACUGGAGCAAAGACGGCACAGAAGAAGAAGGCAGAGAGCAGCAGUGAUGACUCCAGUGAUUCCAGUUCUGAUGAGGAUAAACCAGCUGUGAAAACUAAGCCAGACAGCAAGGCUAUGCCAACAAAGGCUAAUGUCCCUGCAAAGAAAGCUGAAGACAACAGUAGCAGUGAUUCUAGCAGUGACUCUUCAGACUCUGAUAGUGAUUCAAAGAAGAAAGCUAAACCUGCUCCAAAACAGAUUAUAAAGAAAGCCCCUGCCAAGAAAGCCGAUAGCAGCAGUAGUGACUCGAGUGAUUCCAGCUCAGAAGAUGAAAAGAAACCAACAGCCAAGAAGCCGGUAGCAUCAACUAAAAUAACUGCACCUGCCAAGAAAAAGGAUGAUAGCAGUAGUGAUUCAAGUGACUCGAGUUCAGAUGAAGAUGUGAAAUCUAAAGCAAAGGUAACACCUGCUAAAAAGGCAGUCACACCCGCUAAAGCAACACCAACCAAGAAAAAGGAUGAUAGCAGUAGUGAUUCAAGUGACUCUAGCUCAGAUGAGGAUGAAAAAUCUAAAGCAAAGGUAACACCUGCUAAAAAGGCAGCCACACCCGCUAAAGCAACACCAGCAAAGAAAAAGGAUGAUAGCAGUAGUGAUUCAAGUGACUCUAGUUCAGAUGCAGAUGUGAAAUCUAAAGCAAAGGUAACACCUGCUAAAAAGGCAGUUACACCCGCUAAACCAACACCAGCCAAGAAAAAGGAUGAUAGCAGUAGUGAUUCAAGUGACUCUAGUUCAGAUGAAAAUGUGAAAUCUAAAGCAAAGGUAACACCUGAUAAAAAGGCAGUCACACCCGCUAAAGCAACACCAGCAAAGAGAAAGGAUGAUAGCAGUAGUGAUUCAAGUGACUCUAGUUCAGAUGAAGAUGUGAAAUCUAAAGCAAAGGUAACACCUGAUAAAAAGGCAGUCACACCCGCUAAAGCAACACCAACCAAGAAAAAGGAUGAUAGCAGUAGGGAUUCAAGUGACUCUAGCUCAGAUGAGGAUGAAAAAUCUAAAGCAAAGGUAACACCUGCUAAAAAGGCAGUUCCCCCCGCUAAACCAACACCAGCCAAGAAAAAGGAUGAUAGCAGACGUGAUUCAAGUGACUCUAGUUCAGAUGAGGAUGAAAAAUCGAAAGCAAAGGUACCGCCUGCUAAAAAGCCAGCCACACCCGCUAAAGCAACACCAGCCAAGUAAAAGGAUGAAAGCAGUAGUGAUUCAAGUGACUCUAGUUCAGAUGAAAAUGUGAAAUCUAAAGCAAAGGUAACACCUGAUAAAAAGGCAGUCACACCCGCUAAAGCAACACCAACCAAGAAAAAGGAUGAUAGCAGUAGUGAUUCAAGGGACUCUAGUUCAGAUGAGGAUGAAAAAUCGAAAGCAAAGGUAACGCCUGCGAAAAAGGCAGCCACACCCGCUAAAGCAACACCAGCAAAGAAAAAGGAUGAUAGCAGUAGUGAUUCAAGUGACUCUAGUUCAGAUGAGGAUGAAAAAUCGAAGGCAAAGGCAGUUACACCCGCUAAACCAACACCAGCCAAGAAAAAGGAUGAUAGCAGACGUGAUUCAAGUGACUCUAGUUCAGAUGAGGAUGAAAAAUCGAAAGCAAAGGUAACGCCUGCUAAAAAGGCAGCCACCCCCGCUAAAGCAACACCAGCCAAGAAGAAGGAUGAUAGCAGUAGUGAUUCAAGUGACUCUAGAUCAGAUGAAGAUGUGAAAUCUAAAGCAAAGGUAACAACUGCUAAAAAGGCAGUUACACCCGCUAAAACAACACCAGCCAAGAAAAAGGAUGAUAGCAGACGUGAUUCAAGUGACUCUAGUUCAGAUGAGGAUGAAAAAUCGAAGGCAAAGGAUGAAAGCAGUAGUGAUUCAAGUGACUCUAGUUCAGAUGAGGAUGAAAAAUCGAAUAUAAAGAAAAAAGCAGUAACGCCAUCUAGUGUAAGUAAAGUCCCCAAAAAGAAAGCACAAGAUUCUAGUAGUUCAAGUGACUCUGAUACUUCAGAAGACGAUUCUACCAAAAAGACUAAAUCCACACCCAAAUCUCUAAACAUAUCCAAAAUUAAGAAAGAUUCUUCCUCAUCGGAUUCAGACAGCUCAGAGUCUGAAACCGAAACAAAAAAACCUCCGGUAACGUCAACUCCAGCUGUGAAAGGGAAGGGUGACGAUUCUGAUGACCAUGAUUCUGGGGUGUCCUCCAACGGAGAAGUUAAAAAGGUGUCGCCCACAGUGAAUGGAGAAGGUUUUAAGACCCCAACGGACCAAGAUUCAAAGAGGCGAACUCCUAAAAGUAAUAAAACUCCCAAUACUCCGUUCCGUCGUGUGAAGACGGAGGAUAUAAGUGUGGAUUCUCGUCUGGGAGAUAACUCAUUUGAAGCUAAGUCUGGAUCCAAAGGAUCAUGGGGAGAAAGGGCCAAUCACGAUCUCAAGCACACCAAGGGCAAAUCAUUCAGGCAUGAAAAGACCAAGAAAAAGCGUGGAAGUUACCGCGGAGGACCCAUUGACAUGUCCACUCACUCCAUCAAGUUUGACAGUGAUUAGAUCAUUAACAGAAAAUAAUACAAACUUCGUAUCAUAACGACAAAAUCUACAUUAAACUGAACCAUGUAGAUAAAGAUGUUUAACAAAUCUGUAUAUGACAAAACUUUAGGACAGAUUUGAGAUAACCGGUAAUUUCAUGUAACUCCGACAUUUGAAAUUAACAUUCUGGAAUAUAUAGAAGGAGGCAUUUUCCCCAAUUCUACAUUGAUCUGGGAUGUUGUGAUGUAUAGUGGUGUGGUACAAACAUAUUGACCAGGGCUGCUUUCCUUUAUCACGAUCCAAACGGUUGGGCCAGGGUUGUUCGUCUUAAAAACAAGGUCAGACCUAGUAAUCUGAUGCUGCUUUCAGACAAGCCAUGACAAAGCCUUGCAAGGCCUGCAUGAAUAUUUAGGUCCAGUCCACCAGGAUUUAUACCCGCAAUUGUUACAUUUGAAAGCAGACAAACCAAUUGUUCUGCUUAACGAACAGGCCCAUGGAUAAGUAGUGAAUGUAAAUCGGUGAAAGGGCACAAAUUUGACUCUAUUUGUGUGUGGAUCAGUAUACGUAGUUGAGGAUAAUCGGUCAACACUUGGAGACAUGUUUGGAAAAUUAAGUUAUUCUGCAUGUACACCGAAUGUACUGUCUGGUGUUGAAUGUACUUCAAUGCGUUGUAAAACAUAAAAGUGAUGUUGUUCACUUCAAUGUUUGCAGUGAUUUUUGUACAAAUUGUUCAGGCUAGUCCUGAACAUUUUUCUUUUUCAAAUUUUGAUGGAGUCCGCUUACUUAGAGAUAUAAUGGGUUCUCAAAAAAUCACUGGGUCUGUUAUUCGAUACUACUGUUGUUGGGUUGUCGUUGCAGAAUUGAAAAGAACGUGCGAGCAGAAUUUUUUGCAACAGCAUAAUACUGAAUCAAAUUUUCUAUCCUGUAUGAGGAAUACUCGUACAGAGCAAAGUGAGUAUUUGGCAUUGGAUGCCAGUCAAUGUUUAGACAUACAUGUAUGAGCAUACUGUUAAUUUUUACCAUCCUUUAAAUUAAAAAUGUAUUACAUUUGACAACAACAUAUAUUGUGUAGUGAAUGCUUAAUCUGUGACAUCUAUUUAUAUUAUGUAUUUUGUUCAGCCUCAUCAGAGCCCUAAUUGGAAAUUUAUAUUCAUAUCUUGUACAGGUGGGUCUAAAAAUAUCCGAUCAGUAGAUAGAUGUUGGAUAAAAGCGAAAUGGUGUGUUGUAAAGAGAGUUCUUUGGCAAUCUAAUUAAUAUUAACAAACAGGUCCUGUUUACUAUUGCUCAUCUCUUACAUGGUGGGAAGUACUAUUCUCGAUUCGAUACGGAAUUGUUUGAUACAAAUAAGGUUGGUUGUCAAAUUGAUUACUGUAUAUAUCUAUCUGAAUCGGGGAUUAAAGCAUUGUUUUCUCAGUUUUUAAGCAAUGUAUUUUUUGCUUUAAAUGUAUCCUUUCAUCACACUGUUAGUGUUCAUUUGAUAGAUCAGAUCACCACCUGUUUACUUUAGAAUCAGAAAUGUUUUCAACCAAAAUUGAAAUGGGGUUUUCAGUUUAAAUGUAUCUUGCUGAGAUUGUUGGAUAAGGAAGUGUUUAGUAGUAAACGGUGCUAAAGAUGUUGAAUUGUUUUGUUGGCAUAGAAUUCUUGGUCAUGUUAUAAAACGUUAACAUUUUUUACUGGCAUUGAUGUUACUACAGGAAAUAACAUGUUGAUAUUGCUAUCAGAGCAUUGAUGUCGCUGUCAUUGCAUUGAUGUUACUAUCAGAGCAUUGAUGUCACUGUCAUCGCAUUGUUGUAAUUAUAAACACAUUGAUGUUACUGUCAACACAUUGAUGUUACUAUCUAAACAUUGAUGUUACUGUCAACACGAUGAUGUUAAUAUAAACACAUUGAUGUUAUUAUCAAAACAUUGAUGUUACUAUCUAAACAUUGAUGUUACUGUCGAUACAUUGAUGUUACUAUCUAAACAUUGAUGUUGCUGUCAUCACAUUGAUGUUACUAUCAGCACAUUGGUGUUACUAUCAGCACAUUGGUGUUACUUGAACACAUUGAUGUUACUGUCAACAAUGGAACUGUCAGAUCAAUAAAGGUUAUAAAGCACUAA